AUGACGACGAUUUUUGCAUCGUCGUCGUCGUCGUCGGUUUGUUUGUCGAGAAGUUCUUCUUCUGCGACGUCAAAGCUUUGUUUGAGGAGAAGUAAAAAAUGGAUUCCCCUCAGCGAGGGAGGAAGGAGACGAACGAAAACGCUCAGAGUUUGGCGAGAGAUUAACGAGCACGUGACCGCGGUGGUGGACGCCUCGUUCAGAGAAGAAGAAGACGAGGAGGAAGACGAAGAGGAAACCGAGGGGUUAGGAGGCGUCGUUUCAGACGCGGCGGCGUUGGAGAUGUAUUUGAGAUUGGAAUCUGGGAAGCAACGAGAGUGCGUGGAAACGUUCGUGAGCGAAGAGGCGAGGGAAAAAACGUUGAGCGCGACGAGCGUCGUCGAUGUGGAAGAACGUCGCGGAGACGAGAAAAAUGGAAACGAAACAAUAACGAAGAGUAUGAAACUCCGGGAAGCGGAAAGAGCGGCGGAUAUCUUGCGGACGCACGGUUUGGUGUUUUUGAAAUCCGUCGUCCCGGAGGAGACGUGCGACGAGAUUUUAGCAGACUUGAACGCGAUAUGCGACGAGUGUAAAGAGACGUACGGCGACGCGUUGCGAAGGACGGACGUGUUGCUCGGAGUGGGCGACGACAACGGCGAUGACAGUGGCGAUGGUAAAAUCAAUGGGGUUAAAAAAGCGUUAGAAUUCGCGUGCAAAGAAGAAGGAGGGAACAUACGGAACAUCCUCUCCUUCGUCGAGGACGCCACGGAGGACGCGGUGUUAGUUGAGCUCUCCGUCCUCGCCACGGAGAAAGGCGCCGACCGACAGGUAUUGCACCCAGACGUCGCCUACGACGCCCCGCACGAAACCCUGUAUUCCGUUUUCAUCGCGUUGCAAGACGUCACGCAAGACAUGGGUCCGACUCUGUUCGUUUUAAACUCUCACGACAAACAGACCCACGACCAACUCCCGAAAACCAAAUGGACCGAGAAAGAGUUCGACGUCUUGCGAACGAAACGAGCAGUCGAAGCGCUUUUGAAAAAAGGCGACGCGGUCCUAUACAACGCGCGUGCGUUCCACCAAGGCGGUGAAAACACGAGCGGUCGCCGCGCGUUGUUGACGCUCACGUUUCUAAAACCUCCCGUCCCGCCGGAGCCGACCAGGCGAAACAAAGAGUGUUUGUGGAGCAUCCGCGAGGACGUGUUUCGGAGACAAAUCACCGCGAAAGACUUAGCAACCGGAGGAGAGUAG